CACCGCACUUGCGGUCUGUUUCCGGGGUCGAGGUUGAUGUAUUUCCGUUUCUGCACCGCCAUCUUGCUGCCCUUGGUGGAUUCAGGAGCCGCUGUGGGGCCAGACUGCAAAGAUGUCCACUCGGCGGGCUGCCAUGAAAGCUGUUGACUGGUUGGCGUUUGGCGAGCGGAUCCCACCCAACCAGAGAGCUAUGUUUAAUGCACUGAAAACCCGAAGUGAUGCUCUAUCUAGCAGGUUGACUUCGCUUCCUGAGAAACCUCCGGCCAUUGACUGGAGCUAUUACCGGAAAGUGAUUAUGAAGGCUGGUAUGGUGGAUGAGUUUGAAAAGAAGUACGAAGUGUUGAAGAUUCCAGAACCUGUUGACACACAGAAGGAGAAGAUCAAUGCCCAGGAGCAAGAGGCUGACAAGAGUGCUCAGUCCUACGCCCAGGCUUCAAAGGAGCGGAUUUCCAAAUACGAGAAAGAGCUAGCCAAGUUCAAAAGCAUGGUCCCAUUUGACCAGAUGACCAUUGAGGAUCUGAAUGAUGCUUUCCCUGAAACCAAACUGGACAAGGAGAAGUAUCCCUUCUGGCCGCACAAGCCCAUCAGUGAGCUGUAACUGUCUCCUGCUCCAGCCUAUGCUCUCUACAAAUGUAACUGUCUCUUGUAAAAUAAAACGGUCUUGCAUGA